ACACGCUGCGCAUUGCAUCAUCAUUCACGAGCAACUUCCUCAUUAGAAUCAAACAAGUCCAUGUCGUGGCAAGCACCGACGGAUCACCGCAAGCGUCCAGUUGUAGUACUGGGCGCUGGCGUACUUGGGCGCCGUAUCGCAUGCUCGUGGGCAGCCGGCGGGUGGGAUGUUUAUGUCAGAGACCCAAGUGCAGAGCAGCGCGCUCAAUGCCUAGAAUAUGUUGACGAGACUAUCGCCGCAUAUGAAGCCCUCACAAAGGCUGCAACAGCUGGAACGGUGCAGGUGUUUGAGGACCUCGAGCCGGCCGUAGCUAAUGCUUGGCUCGUCGUGGAAGCUGUCCCUGAGAAGCUCGCACUCAAGAUCUCGACAUUUGCAACGCUCGAGCAACUCGCACCAAGCGACUGCAUCCUGGCUACCAACUCGUCUUCCUACAAGUCGUCAGAGAUGAUCACGGAGGUUUCAGACGACACCAAGCGCCGCGUACUGAACACGCACUACUACAUGCCCCCCAAGAACAUGGUUGUCGAACUCAUGACCGAUGGAGUGACCGAUGCUGAAGUCAUCUCGUUCUUGACAGAACAAUUAAGAGACACCGGUGCGAAGCCGUACGUUGCCAGGAAAGAGUCGACAGGCUUCAUCUUCAACCGUCUCUGGGCAGCGGUCAAGCGCGAGACGCUGAUGAUCCUGUCUGAAGGCGUCAGUGAUGCCGCGGAGAUCGACAGCAUCUGGACCGAGAUGUUCGUCAAGGCCGGCGCAAAGCCGUGCGCGACCAUGGACCAGGUCGGGCUCGACACCGUCGCGUUCAUCGAAAGCCACUACAUCGCCGAGCGCGGACUGCCAUCCGCCCACACCACCGACUUCCUCAAGGCCAACUACCUCGACCAGGGCAAGCUCGGCAACAAGAGCGACAAGGGCGGUCUAUACCCCCCCAAGCCCACACCCGCCUCUCCAACGCCCGCCGACCCCUCCCUCCUCAUCCUCGACGUCGGCCUCUCAGCCACCAACCCCAACGACGGCGCCGGCGCCAUCCUGCGCCUCACCACCGACGGCUCGCCCCCCGUCCCCCUCAUCACCAACCAGGAGCUCCCCGACGGCAUCGCCAUCGACCACGCCCUGGGCCGCAUCUUCUGGACCUGCAUGGGCACGCCCGGCGCGCGCGACGGGACCCUGCACUCCGCGGCCUUGGAUGGCAGCAACCCGCUCACCCUCCUCGGCCCCGGCACCAUCAACACGCCCAAGCAACUCGCCCUCGACACGGCAGCCCAGCAGAUCUACUUCUCCGACCGCGAGGGCUGCGCCGUGCACCGCUGCGCGUACUCCGGCGCCGGCCUCGAGACACUGAUUUCCAACCCGCCCGCCCAGACUGCCGACGCGCCCUCAGACCCCGCCAACUGGUGCGUCGGCAUUGCGGUGAGUCCCGCCCGCGGCCGCUUCUACUGGACGCAGAAGGGCGCGAGCAAAUCGGGCACGGGCCGCAUCUUCAGCGCCCCGAUCACCACGCCCGCGGACGCCGACCCCGCAGCCCGCACCGACGCGACGUGUGUCCUCGCCAACCUGCCGGAGCCGAUUGAUCUCGAGCUCGACGAAGCGCAUGGGCGGCUGUACUGGACGGACCGGGGCGAGCUGCCGUGGGGCAACGCGCUGUGCCGGGUUGAUCUGGACACAGAUGGGUUUCCGAUUGGUGCGGACCGGCCGGCGCGGGCGUUUGUGAUCGCAAGGCGGUUUCACGAGGCGAUUGGGUUGCGGGUCGAUGAGCAGCGGGGGCGGGUGUAUGUCAGUGAUCUGGGGGGCGGGGUGUAUGAGUGCGAUUUGGAGGGGCGGGGGAAGCGGACGAUUUGGCAGGAUGAGGAGAGGGCGUUUACGGGGUUGGCGCUGCUGUAG